AUGAACUAUGUACGAGAGUGGCUCUUAGGAGCUAAGGGAAAGGGAGAACCUAUCACCGGGGUAAAGCCGUCCGUGGAUGAGCCAGACAUGUAUCCAGUGCAUCCCGUAGAUCACAUUAAAGAUUGUCAAACGUUCGUGGCGAUGGUCAUGGUUUUCAAUGAUGCCCUUGAUGCCGACAUGCUUAGCGACUCCUUAUCGAAGCUACUUGAAAUUGGUGACUGGAGAAAACUGGGAGGUCGACUAAAAAGAGACGCCGACGGCCGCCUUCAGAUACAAGUCCCGCCAGAGUUUACGGCUGAGCAGCCAGCUAUCACAUACACGCACAUUUGUCUGACCGAAAUGAAAAUCAGUGACCAUCCAAUAGCGAAGCAGCUUCCAACACGCACGGGUGACCCGUCCAUGCAGACGCUGCCAGACAGUGCUGAAUUCCGUACGCUACAAGUUCGCAACGACUUCCCAACGUCAUUAGACGCCUUGAUCGCAGCCGACCUGCCCCAAAUUUCAUUGCAUAUUCACUCGUUCCACGAUGCCACAGUUGUCGGUUUUGCUUGGUCUCACACAUUGAUGGACGGUAUCGGUUGGGCAGCAUUGCUAAGGAAUUGGUCACUCGUCAUGGCCGGCCAAGUGGAGAAGGUGCCUCCUGUAGCAGGAGCUCGCCAUGAUAUUCUUUCUUAUUUGCCUCCUAGCGACUCGGACCAGGAAAAGCUAUUCCCCAGUCAUCUGCGUAACCUGCGGUUAGCCAAGUUUAUCUGCCGGCUGGGAUGGGAGAAGCUUACUGGCCCUACGAAGGUCUUCCGAGCCAUGUACAUGCCUAAGGUGAAGUAUGACCUGUUAGUGAACAGAGCCAAAGACCAGGUCUCUCGAAUUGCGACAGACGUUAACAAGAAGCUUUACAUAAGUGAAGUUGAUGCGCUGAUAGCCUGGGUCACACAGCAAGUCGCUUUGUCGCAGCCGACGCCGAGGCCCGUGACAAUCAUGAGCAUCAUCAACUAUCGUUACCGGCUGAAGGAGUUACUUAGGUUGGAUGAUGUGUAUAUGCAAAAUAUGCUCAUGCUCUCCUAUACGCUUUUGUCUGCGCAGGAAGCUCGCGGCGCGGUUGCACCGCUCGCUCUGAGUCACCGAGCGCAAGUCAUGGAGCAAACGACAGAGCCACGAGUUGCUAGCUUUGUACAAUGGCUCGGUAAGCAGAUUGACACAGGCAAAAGUGUGGUACGCUUCUGUGGUGAACCAGACUCCACCAUGAUUUGGUUAAACUCCUUUACCAAAUCCGAAAUCAUCAAAGUAACCGACUUUGCUCCUGCGGUGGUGCGCGUAGGAGAGGAUGGGGAAACGCGGAGAAACCCUCGUGGCACGAUGGUAAACUUCUUUUUCAAAGACCCAAAUGAACCGGUACCGUCCCUGGACGCGCUGUAUAUACUUGCAAAAGAUCACAGCGGCGGAACUUGGCUCCAAGGGAAUUUCUCGGUGCAAGUGUGGGACGCCCUGGAGCAACAGAUGAAGCUGUUGGUACAGGAAGGCUAA